ACAUAUGAAUUUGGGAAAAUUAUUGAAAGAAGGAGAAAAUCCGUAAGGAAAGAAAAAGAAACAAAGAAGGGAAUUUUGAUUUAAUUUAUCGGUAUUCAAUUUUCCACAGCUUUGACUAGUACUUUUUACAGACUCGGACACCCCACCCCCUAAAUUCUUUCUCUUUCCAGGGAUUUUUCUCUCUCCUCUGUUCCCUCCUCCGUCCGGUUCUCUUCCUUCCCGUUCCCUUCUCCGACACCGUUUCGUCUCUUCUUUUUCUCACCUUCUAAAUUCCUCUCUGAACCCCCGUAUUCCUCUUCAAAGCCGCCUUCUUUCGCCCUCAGUCUUUCCAUAACCAGCUCUCCACGGUCCACGGCUUCGAGCUCAGCUUCUUCUUUGCUUGGAGUCAAAGCUCAGAAAUGGAGGUCUUUGGGUUUCAGCAGAUCUACGAGGCUUAGUGUAAAGAGAGAUAGAGAGAGAGCUGAGCAGAGGUGUUGGUGGUGGUGGUGGUGACGUGGCCGUUAAUGGUAUUGUACGGACGCGCGAGAGCGAGAGCGAGAGAAAGUUGGAAGGUAGAUGAUGAACGGAGCUCCGCCGAGGGAUCGGAGAGGGUGGUGGCGUUACGGUAAUUUCUCUCACAUGGAAUGGCAGAUCUUGUUAGCUCCGGGAAUGCCAACCGUGACAUCGACCAGGCAAUAAUUGCUUUGAAGAAGGGUGCUCAACUACUGAAAUAUGGUCGUAAGGGAAAGCCUAAGUUUUGUCCAUUUAGACUUUCUACUGACGAAUCAUCUUUGAACUGGAUUUCAAGUAGUGGUGAAAGAAGUUUGAAGUUAGCUUCCGUCUCAAGAAUCGUUCCUGGACAAAGAACUGCCGUCUUUCAACGAUAUCUGCGUCCUGAAAAGGACUAUUUAUCUUUUUCCCUUAUAUAUAAUAACGGAAAGCGAUCUCUUGAUCUGAUUUGCAAGGACAAAGUUGAGGCAGAAGUGUGGAUUGCAGGCCUCAAAGCAUUAAUAUCCUCUGGUAGAGGUGGGCGUUCCAAAAUUGAUGGAUGGAGUGAUGGAGGCCUCUACCUUGAUGAUGGCAGGGACUUGACAUCAAAUAGCCCUAGUGAUAGUUCUGUUAGUGGACCACGAGAUAGUGGCUCUCCAGAGAUCUCUGUCAGUUUCAAACCAAAUAUCUCGCCAAAGAGAUUUCCACCUGAAAAUUCUCCAGUUUCUGAGAGGUCACAUGCUGCAUCAGACCAGAUAAAUAUGCAAGUAAAAGGAUCUGGUUCAGAUGCAUUUCGAGUUAGUGUUUCAAGUGCUCCCAGCACUUCAAGUCAUGGUUCUGCGCCGGAUGACUGUGAAGCUCUAGGCGAUGUAUAUGUAUGGGGUGAGGAUAUUUGUGAUAGCGUUGUCAAAGUUGGGGCUGAUAAAAAUACAAAUUAUUUGAGCCCAAGAUCAGAUGUGCUUGUGCCUAGGCCAUUAGAGUCCAAUGUUGUUUUGGAUGUACACCAUAUAGCCUGUGGGGUCAAGCAUGCAGCCCUGGUCACGAGACAAGGUGAAGUGUUUACAUGGGGUGAAGAAUCUGGAGGACGACUUGGGCAUGGUGCUGGGAAGGAUGUUGUUCAACCUCGUCUAGUUGAAUCGCUGGCAGCUACUAGUGUUGAUUUUGCGGCAUGCGGACAAUUUCACACUUGUGCUGUUACAAUGGCUGGGGAACUUUAUACGUGGGGAGAUGGUACGCAUAAUGCUGGGCUUCUUGGUCAUGGCACUGAUGUCAGCCAUUGGAUACCAAAGAGAAUUUCUGGUCCUCUUGAGGGACUCCAAGUUGCCUCUGUAACUUGUGGUCCAUGGCAUACGGCCCUGGUAACAUCAACAGGGAAACUCUUCACAUUUGGCGAUGGCACAUUUGGUGUCUUAGGUCAUGGAGACAGAGAAAAUGUUGCAUAUCCGAGAGAAGUAGAAUCCCUAUCAGGGUUGAGGACAAUUUCUGUUGCAUGUGGGGUGUGGCAUACUGCUGCUGUUGUGGAGGUUAUUGCAACACAAUCUAGUGCAAGUAUUUCAUCAGGUAAAUUGUUUACUUGGGGUGAUGGAGAUAAAAAUCGUCUUGGACAUGGAGACAAGGAAGCCCGGCUUAAACCAACUUGUGUUCCAGCUCUUAUUGAUUAUAAUUUUCACAAAAUUGCUUGCGGGCACAGUUUAACUGUUGGCUUGACGACAUCAGGACAUGUUUUUACAAUGGGCAGUACUGUUUAUGGUCAGCUUGGAAAUCCCAAUUCAGAUGGAAAGCUACCUUGCUUGGUAGAAGACAAGCUCUCUGGAGAUUGUAUUGAAGAAAUUGCUUGUGGUGCUUAUCAUGUAGCAGUAUUAACAUCCAGGAAUGAAGUUUAUACAUGGGGAAAGGGGGCUAAUGGGAGGUUGGGCCAUGGAGAUGUUGAAGAUCGGAAAACACCAACUUUGGUUGAAGCUUUAAAGGAUAGACAUGUGAAAUAUAUUGGUUGUGGUUCAAACUAUACAGCAGCUAUUUGUCUUCACAAAUGGGUAUCUGGUGCUGAGCAGUCACAGUGCUCUUCUUGUAGACAGGCUUUUGGAUUCACAAGGAAAAGGCACAAUUGCUAUAAUUGUGGACUUGUGCACUGCCACUCAUGCAGUUCAAGAAAAGCAACAAGAGCAGCACUAGCUCCUAAUCCUGGAAAACCAUAUCGAGUGUGUGAUACUUGUUAUGUGAAAUUGAAUAAGGUGUCAGAAAUUGGUGGUAAUAACAGAAGGAACUCUAUACCUCGCUUGUCAGGUGAGAACAAGGACAGGUUGGAUAAGGCUGACAUAAGAUUAUACAAGUCUUCUGUACCUUCUAACAUGGAUUUGAUAAAACAAUUGGAUACUAAAGCUGCCAAGCAAGGAAAGAAAGCUGAAACAUUUUCCCUUGUCCGCUCCGCUCAAGCACCUUCAUUGUUGCAAUUAAAGGAUGUUGUUAUGUCAACUGCUGUUGAUCUGCGGCGAACAGUUCCCAAACAAGUUCUUACACCAUCUGGAGUAAGUUCGAGGUCUGUAUCACCAUUCUCGAGGAGACCAAGCCCUCCUCGUUUCGCAACUCCAGUUCCUACAACAUCAGGACUUUCAUUCUCAAAAAGUAUUGCUGAUAGUUUAAAGAAAACAAAUGAACUUUUGAAUCAGGAAGUGCUAAAGUUACGCUCACAGGUUGAUAGCCUUAAAAAGAAGUGUGAGCUUCAGGAAUUAGAGCUUCAGAGUUCAUCAAAGAAAGCACAAGAAGCUAUGGCAUUGGCUGCAGAGGAAGCUGCGAAAUGUAAAGCUGCAAAAGAAGUUAUAAAGGCUCUAACCGCACAGCUCAAGGAUUUGGCGGAAAGGCUGCCAAAUGGUUUGGAGCCAAAUGGCAUUCACUAUCCAGAUGCUAAUGGAGAGCAGCAUUCAAGAUCAAAUUCGAUCAGCAGUUCUUACUUGAUUUCCUCCUUGGGAAUCGACUCUGCUACAACAAAUGGAAGUCCAGGCCCGACUCAUUCACUCAAGGAUCCAGUUGGAACGAAUGAAACUAACCUGCAACAGAAUCGGGAGCUUCUGACUUCCAAUGGGAUGGUAAAUCCCCUAGAUAAACUACCCAAUGGUGGAGCAUUUCAGGCAGUUAGUGGUAGUGUGUCAGGCACUGUUGAUGGCAAGGAAUCCGGACCUUUCCAAGAUGGGGAGAAUGAUACAAGAUCCAGGAAUUCUCCAUCAGCUGCUAAUGGUAAUACAGUUGAGGCAGAAUGGAUUGAACAAUAUGAGCCUGGUGUUUAUAUAACUCUUGUGGCUCUGCGGGAUGGAACUAGAGAUCUCAAACGAGUGCGCUUCAGCCGAAGAAGAUUUGGAGAGCACCAAGCAGAGAUUUGGUGGUCCGAGAAUCGUGAGAAAGUGUACGAGAAGUACAAUGUCCGUGGGUCAGACAAAUCUUCAGUUUCUGGCUCAGCUGCACGUAGAUCAGACGGAGCUCUCUCACCUGCAUCUCAACAAUCUUAGCAUGGAGGGCAGGAGGGAAAGUCAUUAACACUCAUUUUGUAUCAAUUACUGUGAUGGUGUUGAGGGAAGCAAGAAAGGGUGGGGUAUGAAGGGAUGCAAACGCCUCUUUUUGCCUUUGUUUUUUUUUUUUUUGUUAUCACCCUUCAUCCCUUCCCACUGUCUCCCAUUUUUUUUCUUUUUAAAUUGAUUUUCCCACUUCCAUUUAAUUUAUGGGUAUUUACCCUUUAUACACGUGUUGUAUUGUAGUGUAUAUAAAAUCUUCAUUUAUGAGACGAUCUGAGCAAAAGAAAGUUCCACUUCUCGCUUCCAAA